GUGCGUUCUGUCACAAUGGAUAAAUGGAAGGACAUUGAAUUAGAGAAGAUGAAAGCUGGUGGAAAUCGCAAGUUCCGAGAGUUCUUAGAAUCUCAGGAUGACUAUGACCCAUGCUGGAAUUUGCAGGAAAAGUACAACAGCAAAGCAGCUGCACUAUUCAGAGACAAGGUGGCCACUUUAGCUGAAGGCCGAGAUUGGUCUGUUGAAACUUCAUCGGCUAGAAACUGGUCCCCACCUCAAACCAAGGUUCCACUAGCAUCUGUCCAUCGGUAAGCAUUAUGUGUAUAGCGUUUUAUCACUAUGUACUAAACAUAAUUAAGCUGAAU